UAUGCAUGGCAGGCAAAUGCGGCGUCCGGAAUGGCUGUGCACGAUGAGUGCAAAUUGAAGUUCCAGGAACUAAAAGCAAAGAGGAUCUAUCGAUACAUUGUAUUCAGAAUUGAUCAGCAACAAGUUGUGGUCGAUAAAUUAGGAGGACCUCAUGACACCUACGACGAUUUCCAGGCCAGUUUGCCAAACGACGAGUGUCGUUAUGCUGUCUACGAUUUCGAUUUCACUACCGACGAGAAAUGCCAGAAGAGCAAGAUCUUCUUUGUUGCAUGGUCCCCUGACAGUUCAAGGGUGAGGAUGAAGAUGGUGUAUGCAAGUUCCAAGGACAGAUUCAAGAGGGAGUUGGAUGGCAUUCAAGUCGAACUUCAAGCAACUGAUCCAAGCGAGAUGAGCUUGGACAUUGUCAAAGCCCGAGCCAUCUGA